CCCUGUGACGUCACUAGCAGAUGGCAUGGGUACCAGCUCUGGCAGUUGGCAUCAAUGUCACUUUUUAGAGAUCAAUGAGAUAGUGCAGAUACACACAGAUCUAGAGGCUCCAGGAGACGAUGCGACACUCAGCCUGAAAAGAUUUGGAAGAUACAAAAUGAAAACUGAUUAUUGAAUGAAAUUAAAACCUAAGGUAAUUUAAGGUUAAAGAACCAUGUUAACACUACCGUUUGACGAGUCUGUCAUAAUGCCCGAAUCCCAGAUGUGCAGAAAGUUUGCUAGACAAUGCGAGGACCAGAAACAAAUUAAGAAACCAGAGAGCUUUCCCAAACAAGUUGUCCUUCGAGGAAAGAGCAUUAAACGGGCUCCUGGAGAAGAAACCGAGAAAGAGGAGGAGGAGGAAGACAGAGAAGAAGAAGAUGAAAAUGGCUUGCCCAGAAGGAGGGGUCUCAGGAAAAAAAAGACCACCAAACUACGACUGGAAAGGGUCAAGUUCAGGAGACAGGAAGCCAAUGCGCGCGAGAGGAACCGGAUGCACGGCCUCAAUGACGCUCUGGACAAUUUGCGAAAAGUGGUCCCCUGUUACUCUAAAACCCAAAAACUGUCUAAAAUAGAAACUUUACGGCUGGCCAAAAACUACAUCUGGGCACUUUCCGAAAUUCUGAGGAUUGGCAAGAGACCAGAUCUGCUCACGUUCGUCCAAAACUUAUGCAAAGGUCUUUCCCAGCCAACGACAAACUUGGUGGCAGGCUGCUUACAGCUCAACGCCAGGAGCUUCCUGAUGGGUCAGGGUGGGGAGGCUGCACACCACACAAGGUCACCCUACUCCACAUUCUACCCACCCUACCAUAGCCCUGAGCUGGCCACUCCCCCAGGGCAUGGGACUCUUGAUAAUUCCAAGUCCAUGAAGCCCUACAAUUACUGCAGCGCGUAUGAAUCCUUCUAUGAAAGUACUUCCCCUGAGUGUGCCAGCCCUCAGUUUGAAGGUCCCUUAAGUCCUCCCCCAAUUAACUAUAAUGGGAUAUUUUCCCUGAAGCAAGAAGAAACCUUGGACUAUGGCAAAAAUUACAAUUAUGGCAUGCAUUACUGUGCAGUGCCACCCAGGGGUCCCCUUGGGCAGGGUGCCAUGUUCAGGUUGCCCACCGACAGCCACUUCCCUUAUGACUUACAUCUGCGCAGCCAAUCUCUCACUAUGCAAGAUGAAUUAAAUGCAGUUUUUCAUAAUUAAUGAGGAAAAUGAAAAUAAACAGUGGUCAUUCACCUCCCACUCUAAUUAAGACAAAGCAGAUGCUUGCAGGCCAAGUAAUUGGCACAACUCUAUCUAAGGUGUUUACUAGUUUCCGAAGUGUGUUUCAACGAUUGUGAACAUUUUCUAUGUCAUAAUAAAUCUCUUUUUUCGUAUGAGAACCUCUUUUCCUUCCCUUUUGUCUGUAUCGCACUGUGAUUCUCUCUCUACUGGCAGGAUUUUUCUUUCCUGUUUCAGUUUCUUUUAAAUUUACUUAAUUUGUUGAACAAAGUGUCUAAGAAUAUAUUGCUGAGUAAGGACAUGCACACAGCAUAACUCAAUGUCUAUUUCAGUUGUACAGUAAUUAUGAAAAUGCAUGUUAUAAAAAUCAGAUGAGUAAAAUGUGUUUAUAAUUA